CCCACAACCUCCCGCUAGACAAUUCAGACAAUUCUGGCCAAUUUGUCUGCAAAUUCUCAGAUCGACUUCUCUUCAACCACACCACCGUUACUAACGACCACAGCAUCAACACCGACAAGAUGGCCCUCGCACGUGGUCUCGACAAAGGAUAUAAAACGACGGCUCGCGUCAACAAGAAGCGAGUAUCCCGCACAAAGGGACACCUCAGCCGUCGCACCGCCCACGUUCGCGAUGUUGUCCGUGAGGUUAUGGGACUUGCGCCAUACGAGCGUCGCGUAAUUGAACUCCUCCGCAACUCAAAAGACAAGCGUGCUCGUAAGCUAGCCAAGAAGAGGCUCGGUUCUUUCCAGCGUGGCAAGAAGAAGGUUGAUGAGCUUACGCGUGUCAUCGCUGAAAGCCGUCGCGCCCACUAAAUUACCAACUUGACAAAUUGAAGAAAAUGCAUUUACGGGACGGAGUGAAUCAGGGAAUCUAAAACGGGCUUGGCCUUUGGCGUCGUCAACUUUUCGGGAUGUAAUUCUCAUAUCCCUACAGUAUGGGAUCGGUUGAAGUGGGCAGCACCGCUUAGAAAAGCUCCUGCCACACAUUACAUGAACGCGAGAUACCACAUUUCUCAUCACGAGUCAAUUAUUCACCCUACGUUCACAAUGAAAGAAAGAACUGAUGA